AUGUGGGAUUCCUUGGGGGGUCUGCUUCUAGGGUUUUUCUUGAUUUCCCAUAUGUAUUUGGCAUAUGGUAAUGAGUUCCAUAUCAAGAGGGUUGGGUUAAAUAAGAUUGACAGGAGUGCUCAGCCACUAUCACCCACCUUUGGUAUAAAUGCACUUAAUCGUAGUAGUUUUCCCAAAGGGUUUGUGUUUGGAGCAGCAACUUCUUCUUACCAGAUUGAAGGAGGAUGGAAUGUUGAUGGCAAAGGCCUAAGCAAUUGGGAUUAUUUUACACACAAAUAUCCAGGCAAAAUACGAAAUGGCAGCAAUGGGGAUGUUGCAGAUGACUCCUACCACAUGUACAAGGAGGAUGUCAAGCUUUUGAAGGUGAUGAAUGCAGAUUCAUAUCGCUUCUCUAUUUCUUGGUCAAGAGUUAUACCUUCUGGCAAAGUAAGCAAAGGCAUAAAUGAGAAAGGAAUUCAGUAUUAUGACAACCUGAUCAAUGAACUUUUGGCUAAUGGUUUAACACCCGUUGUGACUUUAUUCCAUUGGGAACUUCCUCAAGCUUUAGAGAAUGAGUAUCGUGGUUUUUUGAGUCCUAAGAUUCUAAAGGAUUUUCAUGACUAUGCAAAUCUGUGCUUUGAGAGAUUUGGUGAUCGAGUAAAAUUGUGGAUCACAUUCAACGAGCCAUACACAUACAGUUACUUUGGGUAUGACAAUGGGCUAAGUGUUCCGGGUCGAUGUUCUUCGUGGGUGAGUCCGAAUUGCAAAUGGGGAAAUUCAGGAACUGAGCCUUAUUUAGUAACACACCAUCAACUCUUAGCCCAUGCCGAUGCAGUCAGUUUAUACCGGACCAAAUAUCAGGCUCGCCAAAAAGGCAUAAUUGGAAUGACAAACGUUGCUAACUGGAUGAUACCUAUGACAAAUUCAUCUCUUGAUCAACGCGCUGCCAGACGUGCCUUAGAUUUUAUGUAUGGAUGGUUUAUGGAUCCUCUAGUAUACGGCGAUUAUCCGAAAACAAUAAAAGUUGUUGUUGGCAAUCGUCUUCCAAAAUUUACACCAGAGCAAUCUAAGUUGCUGAAGGGAUCAUAUGAUUUUCAUGGAGUAAAUUACUACACUGCAAUGUAUGCUUCCCACCCUAUCAAUCCUCCUAACAAAACCCAUGCCAGAUAUAUUACUGAUUACCUUGCUGAUCUUUCCGCAACCCGCAACGGCGUAUUGAUCGGAGAAAAGGCGGGCUCGGAUUGGCUUCAUAUCUAUCCAAGAGGAAUUUUGGAUCUUCUUCUCUAUGUGAAGCAUAAAUAUAAUAAUCCAAUUAUUUACAUUACUGAAAAUGGAGUCGAUGAAGUAAAUAACGCAUCAUUACCACUUAAGCAAGCUCUUCAAGACAAUUAUAGAAUCCGAUUUUACUAUCGUCAUCUUCAAUUCCUCCUAAAAGCAAUCAAGAAUGGGGUUCGCGUGAAAGGAUAUUAUGGAUGGUCACUUAUUGACAAUUUUGAAUGGAUUAGUGGAUACAGCGUUCGUUUUGGAAUCAACUUUGUGGACUACAAUACUUUAAAAAGAUACCGUAAACUAUCAUCGUAUUGGUUUGAAAUGUUCCACAGGAAAUGA